AUGCCCACACCCAACACCUCUGCCUCCCCACCCACUUCCUGGGUCAACACCUCUGCAGGCAGUAUGCUGAGUGUGGAUGAUGCCGCGAUGCCUGUUGAGUUCCUAGCCCUGAGAGUUGUGGUUGCCUUGGCCUAUGGGCUUGUAGGGGCCAUUGGAUUACUGGGAAAUUUGGCUGUGCUAUGGGUGCUGGGUAAUUGUGCUCGGCGAGCCCCUUGCCCGCCAUCUGACACUUUUGUCUUCAACCUGGCUCUGGCAGACCUGGGGCUGGCACUUACUCUCCCCUUCUGGGCAGCUGAAUCGGCACUGGACUUCCACUGGCCCUUCGGAGGGGCCCUCUGCAAGAUGGUCCUGACGGCCACUGUCUUCAACAUCUAUGCCAGCAUCUUCCUCAUCACAGCGCUGAGUGUUGCCCGGUACUGGGCGGUGGCCAUGGCAGCAGGACCAGGCACCCACCUCUCCCUCUUCUGGGUCCGCAUAGCCACCCUGGCGGUGUGGGCAGCAGCUGCCCUGUUGGCCGUGCCCACAGCAGUCUUUGGGGCCGAGGGGGAGGUGUGGGGCGUGCGUCUGUGCCUGCUGCGCUUCCCCAGCAGGUAUUGGCUGGGGGUCUACCAGCUGCUGAGGGUCGUGCUGGCCUUCCUGGUGCCUCUGGGCAUCCUCACCACCAGCUACCUACUGUUGCUGGCCUUCCUGCGACGACGGCAACGGCGACGGCAGGAUAGCAGGGUCGUGGCCCGCUCCGUCUGCAUCCUGGUGGCCUCCUUCUUCCUCUGCUGGUUCCCCAACCACAUGGUCACUCUCUGGGAUGUCCUGGUGAAGUUUGAUCUGGUGCCUUGGGACAGCACUUUCUCUAUCAUCCAUACCUACGUCUUCCCUGUCACCACCUGCCUGGCACACAGCAACAGCUGCCUCAACCCUGUGCUGUACUGUCUCCUACGGCAGGAGCCACGGCAGGCCCUGGCAGACACCUUCAGGGAUCUCCGAGCCCGACUGUGGCCCCAGAGCCCUGGCUGGGUGAAGCAGGUGGCCUUAAAAGAGGUAGGCAGGGCGGAGACCAUCCUCCAGGAGAGUGGCCCUUCUACUAUGCUCGCCAACUUGGACACAGGAACACCUGGGUGA